AUGAACCAGAGGCAAGAGGCCUUCCAGCAGUUGCGUUCACCAUGCGUUGAACUCAGCUCGGUUGUGUUGAAAUUCAAGACGAACCAAGUUGCCUCCAAGGCGGUUCUUCUUGCUCUUGAGCCCGUCCAUCAUGCACUAGAUACUCUUGGGCAACAGGGUUCUCUUGACCACAAGCUAGCAGAAUACGCCUUUUUCCCUCUCACUCAAAUUCUCAACCAGUCCAAGCAAUUGCCGUCCCAGGUCCUUGAACUCACCCUGAAAUGUAUUCAAAUUCUCGUCUCCAAAGGAUGGAAGGACCAACUUGCCCCGCAAAUGGCAAAGCAGCUCUUGAUUCUUAUGAGCUUGCUUACCUCCUCCGAGUCAACGUCAAGUGCAGAGCCACCUACUGACGACCUGAAAGUUGCAGCGUUCGGUUGCAUGCAUGCUCUGCUUCAUCAAGUCGCCCAGCGUGAUGAUUCAGCCUCCUCUUUGGACGAGAUCAUCGCCACGAGCCUUUUAGACCGCCUUGUCUAUCAACUGCUAGAAGAUAUGAGCAUCACAACCUCUGAAUCAGUACAGUUGAGCGCGGCAAAAGUGCUCUUGGAAUUACAGGGCGCUCUAGCCAAUCCCGUCACGCUCGCUAGUCUCCUGCCUCGCACCGUGUCAAUGCUUGUAAAGGUUCUUCGCCCAAGCACGAAGGCACGUCGUACACAGAAAGUGCUUGUCACGUAUUUGCAACUUCUCACCGAGGCGCUGAGGCGUGUCCUCUCUGACAAUGUGCUCUCCGAAAGAAGUAGUGGCCUGUUUUACGGUAAGACUGCAGUCACAGAUGAUGACAAGAGACCCGUACUUGAUAAAUCCUGGCUUGACGCCACAGCACCUCAGAUAGACAUUGCUCUAACUCAGGUAAUCAAAUUGAGAAGUCAGAGAAGCCCUGCCAUUGAUGAAGCACUUCUCCAACUCUGUCUUGUGGUUAUCGAAGAUUGUUCGCAAUCCUUACACAAGUCACUGCCAUUGAUGGUGGAGACCCUCACGGUUUUAUGUCGCUCCAAUGACUCAUCAAAAGCCGUCGCUGCUUUGAAUCAUUUAAUGCUCUCCCGUCCGAUUAUCAGCGACGUUGUGUCUGCAAAGUUCUUCGCGUUGUCUCAGGCUCUUCCGAGAGUAAUGCAGGGAAAUGAUGAAAGACCAAAAGAGCACAUCCUUGGUCAACUUGCGACAUCCUUCACUGCAUUAUCUGAGACCACAGGAGCCCCUGAAGAGACCACUUCCAGAAUAGCAUCUGUCUUGAUUGACAGUGUUGCAGUCGGUAUCGAGUCAAGUUCUCAGCGUCUCUCUACCAUUAAUGGUCCCAACGAAUUGCUACACCAUGAAUUUACCCUCUCCCACCGGAAGCCGCUUGAAUUCGAACCACUUUUGCUCAGCCAUCAAAGCCAGCAAUCCUCGACGGGCGAGCUGAAUGCUUUCAUUCACUCAUUGAGUUCCCAUGGCGCAAAUUAUAAAAUCACUAGGAAUCUCAUUAACCAAAUGUGGGACCCAGAUCUCAAAAGGCGGGUUUCAGCGAUUUGGCUCGCUUUACGCUUCCUUGAACCCAGUGCUCAACAAACUCUUGACCUUGAUGAUUAUAUUCAAGUCGAUCAUGAUGAUGGAGAUUGGUCACUUACUCGACCUUAUCUCGUAUCAGAUCUUUAUGCACAAACUAUACCAUACCUCCUUCAAUAUGCUGAUCAGCCAGCUGAUCAGCCAGCUGAUUCAGCAUCAGAUUGGCGGUUGGUAGGUUUGGCACUUGAGUCCCUUGUCCUGCAGGCAAAUCAAUUGCGAGAUACCUAUCGACCUGAGCUAAUGGAGACUUUGUUCCCUCUGCUUGUAGUUUUCGGCUCUCCUCACACCGCGCUACAACGUCACGCCACGACUGCACUCGAUUUACUCGCCCGAGCCUGCAAUUAUGCUAGUGCAAUGGAGAUGUUGAUCGAAAAUGUUGACUACCUUAUCAAUUCUGUUGCGAUGCGCUUAAACUCGUUUGAUGUUUCGCAAGCAGGUCUACAAGUUCUUGCGAUGAUGAUUCGUCUGUGUGGAGCAGAUCUGCUACCUCACCUGGACGAUGUUAUUGGCAGCAUUUUCAGCACCCUCGACAGCUACCAUGGUUAUCCGAAGCUCGUCGAGUACUUGUUUUUGGUGCUCAAGUUGGUUGUAGAUGAGAGCUCGAAGAAUCCCACGAACCUUGCCAUUGAAGAGGGUUCUGAUUUGCAGACUCAUUCAAAACGUACUACAUUUGUAUCUACGAUUUCGGAUAUCGUUCUUGAUUUGAAUUCAAGAAGGACUAGAACGAGCAAAAUGGAAGAGGAGCCGGAACAAUCGAUUCCUACGCCUCAUCAACCGUGGAAAUCCAACCUUGAGCAUCCGCGUACUUCGACGAACGAAGACGCAGCUAAGGAUGAGGACGAUGGAGAUUUGGCGCCGAACUCAAAUUCUCGCAAGGACGAAGAAAAGAAGCUCUCAAAAUCACACCAGUUGCUUAUUCAAAUCGUGGAGGCAACAAUACCACACAUGUCGUCGCCAUCGGCCAAAGUCCGGCAUACCUUGUUGGAAAUCCUGCGAAAGAUAUGUCCUGUGUUAGCCGCCCAUGAAACCUCUUUUCUUCCCCUGAUCAACUCUAUCUGGCCAUCGUUGGCCUCGAGAGUUCUCGGACAACAGGAUAAAGAAUCGCCGGAAUUACCUUACAAUGUCCAGGCUGCCGUAGAGACAGUAACCAUCAUAUGCGAAUAUGCUGGUGAUUUUAUGGCUUCACGGGUUGAUGAACUACUCACUGGCUUGGAGGCUCUAUUCAAGAGGAUUACUGUGCCAGCAAAAAUAUCAGCACGUGCCCAAUCGUCUAUUCAAGGACAAGGAUCAAAUGUUUCCACCAAUGGCCCGCCAUCCCUCUAUGUUAUUGAGCAAGAAAAGACAAACAAUGGCCGAGGCGUCCUAGAUCAAAGACAUAUCCGGCCAUCGGAACAACAGAUACUAAGUUCUCUUGUCACUUUGUUCGGUACGAUUCUCCGUUGCGUCCGUAUUUCAGAGGACAACGUGGACAAACUUUUUGAUCUGUUGGGACCUUAUUUGAGAGGAAGCGGAAAUUUACAAGUUUGGGACGCUUUGGAACAGUAUAACAGCGACUUUGUAUGGCUACUUAGACUUCGAUGGAGUCAAUGA